GACGCGCCAGGUCCUGCCCAUCAGCCGCUGGUCAUGUGAUGUCUGUCCCGACUCCCAGUCCCGCGCUGAAAUGGCAGUCAAAAAAAUGGGACUGGGGCUGCCUGUGCUAGUACUGGUGUUGUGGGUGCUGCCGCUCCAGGUCACUUCAGCAGUCCGCUCCUUCAGCAUUGACUAUACCAAUAACUGCUUCUGCAAGGAUGGUGUUCCAUUCCGCUAUAUUUCAGGCAGCAUCCAUUACUUCCGUAUACCUGCUGCCUACUGGAAGGAUCGGCUCCUCAAGAUGUACAUGAGUGGACUCAAUGCUGUGCAGGUCUAUGUGCCUUGGAAUUAUCAUGAGACAUUGCCUGGUAUAUACAACUUUGCGGGUGAUAAAGACUUGGAAGGAUUCCUGGACCUUGUGGCACAGUUAGGUCUGUUGGUGAUCUUGCGUCCUGGACCUUACAUCUGUGCAGAAUGGGAGAUGGGUGGCCUUCCCUUCUGGCUGCUAGCUCAGCCAAAUAUUGUGCUGCGCACAACUGACCCAGAUUUUUUGCAGGCUGUAGACAAGUGGUUGGAUGUCCUGUUGCCCAAGAUCAAACCUCGUCUGUACCACAAUGGAGGCAACAUCAUCAGUGUCCAGGUGGAGAAUGAAUAUGGGAGUUACUAUGCCUGUGACUAUGACUAUCUCCGCUAUCUGCUGUCUGCCUUUCAUGCUCACCUGGGAGAGGAAGUUGUGCUCUUCACCACUGAUGGCCUCAAAGACCGUGACCUCCAGUGUGGAACUAUACAGGGCCUCUAUGCUACUGUGGACUUUGGAACAGGCAUUAACAUGACACAGGCAUUUGAACUACAGCGACAAUAUGAGCCAAAGGGGCCACUGGUGAAUUCUGAGUACUACACAGGCUGGCUGGAUUACUGGGGUGAGCCACACUCCACAAGCAGUGCUGAAGAGGUGGCUAAGGGCUUACAGAAGAUGCUAAAAAUGGGCGCCAACAUCAACAUGUACAUGUUCCAGGGUGGCACCAACUUUGGUUACUGGAGUGGGGCUGAUUACAAGAAGAUAUUCAACCCCAUCACAACUAGCUAUGACUAUGAUGCACCCCUCUCAGAAGCUGGAGACCCUACUGCCAAGGUGCAUGCCAUUCGAACGGUCAUUGCAAAGUUUCAGACACUGCCUGCAGGUCCAAUGCCACCCCCUACCCCAAAGUACGCUUACGGCUACGUGUCUCUGCCAGAACGUGUAAACCUACUGGAUAUUCUAGGUCUGCUGUCACCUGUCCAGCCUGUCCAUACUCCCUUCCCACUGACCUUUGAGGUUAUGAGUCAGGCCCAUGGUUUCAUCCUUUACCGAACCAUCCUGCCACAUGACAUCCUGGAGCCUGUCUUGCUUAGUGCCCCUAAUAAUGGAGUCCACGAUCUUGCCUACAUUCUACUCAAUGGACAAUAUAAAGGGACACUGGAACGGGACAAAGUGAGUGGGGUGAUGGUGACUGGACAGGCUGGGGACACCCUGGAUUUGCUGGUGGAGAACAUGGGCCGUAUCAACUUCGGGGCCAAUGUCAGUGAUUUUAAGGGUUUGAUUCACAAUGUCACACUGGAUUCAACCAUUCUCAAGGACUGGUUCAUCUAUCCCCUGGACAUAGAUUCAGCAGUGGCACAUGCAUGGCCCCCAGUUGCUCCAAGAAGCAAGGGGAACACAGGACCAGCUUUCUACACUGGAACCUUCACAACUCCUGGCAUCAACUGGGACUCUUUUGUGAAGUUCCCUGGAUGGACCAAGGGCCAGCUCUGGAUUAAUGGCUUUAACCUGGGUCGUUUCUGGCCAGCUCGUGGUUCCCAGCAAACUCUCUUUGUGCCUGGCUUGCUCCUCAAUUCUUCAGCCCCCAACAUCAUCACAGUUUUGGAACUGCAGAAAGCUCCAGAGGAACCUAUAGUGGUUUUCCUCGACCAACCCCUUUUUAAUUACACACACAGCUCUACCACUAGGGACAUGGAGUAACAGGGAUUACAAGCCAGUGGUGGUACCCUCCUGUUCUUCUGAGAGAUCAGUUUGUGUGGCUUUUAAGUGGAAACAAAAAGAGGCCCUUUCACAUGCUGACGUCAAAUGAACAGACGAAAGACUGGGAUCAAGGCUUAUCCGGUAAUUGCCAGCUUCUAAUUUAGAGGAAGGGAAAAGAUGAAAGUCAGAAGCCAGGCGACUAUGAUUACUAGGACUACAGUUCCUUAUCUUCCAGCUAGCAUGAGUUCCAUAAGUUUACUCAGCGUUUUGGGUAUCAGACCCCAUAUUAAAUAUAGACCAGCCUUGCAGA